AAAAUCCAAAAGCUCACCUCUUCUUGCACAUAACAUCCUCCUCCGGUUACUUUCACCAAAAAUUCUUUCUUUAAGCUGCUUCUCUCUGCGGUUUUUUAUGGUCUAUUCUAUGAUUGUCAUAUUUCUUACAUGGGUUUCUUCUUGAAUUUCAUGGCACACCCUACUUUCUUCUUAGUUUUGUCACUUCUAUUGAUUCCUGCAAGUACCCAUCUCCAAUCCAAAGAACAAGGAUAUGUAUCUGUGCUCUUAUCCGAUAAAGGUAUUGAUUUUGCUAAGAAUAUGCUUAUAAAAAAGGCAAUAUCCUCCAUGAUUCCACUUCAUCUGCCAGACAUAAAGAAGUCAGUGAAAAUCCCACUUCUUGGCCAAGUCCAUAUGGUUCUUUCAAACAUCACGAUUAGUAGUGUCCGUGUUGCCUCUUCAUCUGUUGAAACUGGGGAGAUGGGUAUUGUCCUAGUUGCUUCUGGUGUUACCGCGGAUUUAACCAUGAAUUGGAGGUACUCUUACAAGAGUUGGAUAGUUGUGAUUUCGGAUAGUGGAGAUGCCUCAGUUCAGGUUAAAGAUAUGGAAGUUGGGCUUACUUUUACUUUAGAAGAACAAGAUGGAAGUCUCAAUUUGUCUCUCUUGGACAGUGGAUGUUAUGUGAAAGAUAUGUCUAUUAAGUUGGAUGGUGGAGCAUCUUGGCUGUAUCAAAGGGUGGUUGAUGCUUUUGAAGGUCCUAUAGGGUCUGCAGUUGAAAAUGCUAUUUCCAAGAAAAUCAAAGAAGGGAUAUUAAAACUUGAUUCCCGAUUGCAAUCACUUCCAAAACAAGUCUCAGUGGAUCAUGUUUCUGCAAUGAAUGUUACUUUUGUGGACGACCCUGUGUUGAGUAAUUCUUCAGUAGAAAUUGAUAUCAAUGGUUUAUUCAUGGCGAAGGACAAUAUUUUGAUUCCCAACUAUUACUAUGAAGGAUUGCAAGCUUCUGAUUCCUCAAACUGUGCAGCUAAGAUGGUUGGAAUUUCAUUACAUGAAAAUGUAUUUAAUACUGCUGUGGUAGUAUACUUCAAUGCAGGUUAUAUGCACUGGAUAGUGGAUAGAUUUCCCAAUCAAUCCCUCUUAAACACUGCAACAUGGAGAUUUGUUUAUCCUCAACUAUACAAGAAGUAUCCAAACGAUGACAUGAAUCUGAAUGUAUCACUAACUUCCCCACCAGUGAUAAGAAUUGCAGAGAACAACCUUGAUGGAACCAUAUAUCUAGAUGUGAUAGUUAAUGUUUUGGAUGCUGAUGAAGUUAUUCCAGUUGCAUGUGUGUCAUUGGUAAUUAGAUCUUCAUGUUCGCCACAAAUUUUAAUGAAUAAGCUAGCUGGUUUCCUCAAGUUGAAAAGCUUUACAGUUUCUUAUAAGUGGAGCAAUAUUGGGGACCUGCAUAUGCGUCUACUUCGGCCAGUAGCUUUUGCAAUUCUUAAAACCGUCUUCCUUCCAUAUGUGAACUCACACCUCCUGAAGGGGUUACCGUUGCCAUUUCUUCAUGGAUUUACACUUAAGAAUGCUGAAAUCCAUUACACAAAUUCGAAGAUGAUGAUAUGCAGCAACCUUGCCCUCACAUAGCAGUACCAUAUCAAUUAGCUGUCAGUUCAGUUCGACUAGAUGCUUCAGAGAUAUAUGUACCAAAACUGCAUAUAUUCAUACAUUGUGUUAGCUGUAUAUAUGCAUAGUGGUAUAAGUUAAACACUAAAGCAAUUCAAAUAUGUAAUGUAGUGAAUUGUUGAAUUGAAAACAAUUCAUAUUCCUGCUGUAUGCAUGAUUGCUCAGUUGGGCUAAAUAUAUGUUUUAACGUAGUACUUUCUGGACAUGACCUGGUUUUAUAUUAUAUAUAAUAUAAUAUUCACAUUGGAUUUA